AUGCCGCCGAAGCCACCGCUCCAACCCCACGCACCUAGAGACCCACAAGAUGGUGCCACAGAUCAAGAGUUGAUUGUUGCCAAUGCUCAUACCCAAUCUGACAACCACAACAUGACUCAUCAAGAUCCAUGUAUGGACAAAAGACGUAUGGGCAAAGGCUUGGAUAGGAUUUCUAGAGGAUUAAACAACAAGAUCAAAGUGCACAUUGCUCAAGGAAACAAGCGGCCAGAGGCACCUAUGGAAGCUGCAAAGCUAGCAUCAGAGGCUGGUAUUUUUAUUCGGGACCAUAUCCCAAUCUUCACCCGCUGGAAGGAUUAUGAAGAUGAUGCCGUUAAGGAGCUUUUGGAUGACUACAUGGGAAAAAUUGGUUGGUAUUGCCAUGGCAUGGGACUGAACUACGAACAACCUGUUUACAGUGACUAUUUCAAGUAUGUUCAAGAAUCAUAUGUCUCGCUGCAAGAUGCUGUAGACCAGAGUAGGAAAGGAUGGUGCACAAGCAGCACUGUAGCAGCCGCUGCUGGAAACAAUCCGGAGAAGUGUCUGAAAGCCAAAGAUAGCCGUGAGCAAGUAAAGUUACAGCAGAAGACUGGAUCUCGGUCCUACAUUGCUCAUUGCUAUGCGGUGAAGCAAACUAAAUAUAAGGAUGCAUCCCCGACAGUGAUUGAUCUAUUCAAGGAAACCCACAGCAGCAGCAAGACAGGUUUUAGUGAGGAUGCACAGAAUGCUAUUGACAAAGACAUGGAACUAUUGAAUGUCACUUUUGUGCCCAAGUCCUGA